UAAUAUAAAUAUAAGUAAUACAAUCUGACUUAGCUUAGUUAUUAUUAUCCAUUGGUGAAAGUGUGAAACUAUGUGUUUCAUGUAGAUCUUCAUUCUCUUCUCUCAAUCUUUCUCAAGCAACAAAGCUUAAUAAUUAACCAUAAAUAAUUGAAAAUAAAAUAUUAGUGGAAAUUCUUUUGAAGAGCGAUAUGGAAUUUGACGAGCAAGAGGAACAAGAAGAAGAAAUGGAGAUUCCAGAGGCAUCAACUCCGGUGCCGGCGAGUUAUGACUCACUCGGAAACUCAGCCUCAAGGUCAAAAUUCGCCGUCGGAGCUGAUGGACGGAAAAUCAGCGGUGGUGGCGGUGGUUUCGCUUCAACGGUGAAGUACCGAGAAUGUCAGAAGAAUCACGCCGUUAGCUUCGGGGGCCACGCCGUUGACGGUUGUUGCGAGUUCAUAGCCGCCGGAGAAGAAGGAACACUUGAAGCAGUGAUUUGCGCGGCUUGUAAUUGUCACCGGAACUUUCACCGGAAGGAGAUCGACGGCGAGACAGUUAGUUCAUGUCAGCGUUCACAACCACCACCUCCGCCGCCACAAUACCACCACUACAACCAAUUCUCACCUUACUACCACCGUACUUCGCCUUCCACCGCCGGUUACCUCCACCACCACCUUGCAACUCCUCCGAUUUCGCACCACAGACCAUUGGCUCUCCCUGCCGCCGCCUCUGGAGGCGGAUUCAGCGGAGAAGAAGAUGAUAUGUCAAACCCUAGUAGUAGCGGCGGUGGCGGUGGAGGAUCAAAGAAAAGAUUCAGAACAAAAUUCACACAGGAACAGAAAGAGAAGAUGUUAGCAUUUGCAGAACAACACGGUUGGAGAAUUCAGAAACAUGAUGAGGCUGAUGUUGAACAGUUUUGUGCUGAAAAUUGUGUGAAGAGAAAUGUUCUCAAAGUUUGGAUGCACAAUAACAAGAACACUCUUGGUUAGUGCGUAGAAAAGGGCGAGAAGGUAAUAAUGUUUACGAGAACAACAUAACUGGGAGUGGGUAUUCACGCGUCAACAUGGUACACUGUUUCUCUGUCGACUCUCACAGAAGACAGCCUUGCAUUUCAGAAAUGUGCAGACACCUUUUAUAUCUUCAACGGCGUUAGUGAAUUUGUAUC